GAUGGUGGAUGGAGUGAAUACACCCUCAAUGCUACUGGGGACUGCUCCGUGUCCUGUGGGGGUGGGGAAAAGAUCCUGACCUACAACAGAGCUUGUGAUAACCCAGAACCCCAGUACGGUGGUGAGGAAUGCGAAGGUGAUGAUUCGAGAGAAGAUACUCAGGAUUGUAACACCCACCAUUGUCCAAUUAACGGAGGAUGGACUGAGUUCACGGCUUGGGAAGAUGAUGAUGAAUGUGAUGUUCUGUGUGGUGGGGGUAACAAGGGACAGUCCCGAUCUAGGACCUGUACUAACCCUACCCCAGCGUACGGUGGAUCUGAGUGUGUAGGGGAUCAGGUUGAACAACAAACUGUUCAGUGUAACACUGAUGCUUGUGGGGGUAAGUAG